AUGGGCAAAUCCCAGUCGAAACUCUCUCAAGAUCAGUUGGGUGAACUCCAAAAAUCUACUCACUUCGAUAAGAAAGAGCUGCAGCAAUGGUACAAGGGAUUCCUAAAGGACUGUCCAUCAGGAAUGCUCACCAAGGAAGAAUUUCAAAAAAUUUACCGGCAAUUCUUCCCUUUCGGCGAUCCAUCCUCAUUUGCCGAUUAUGUGUUCAAUGUCUUUGACAGUGACAAAUCAGGAUCUAUCGACUUCAAAGAAUUUAUAUGCGCCCUCAGCGUUACAAGUAGAGGGAAAAUGGAGGAUAAGCUCGAUUGGGCAUUUCAACUCUAUGAUAUAGAUGGCGAUGGAAAGAUAACCUUUGAAGAAAUGCUAGCCAUUGUCGAAGCUAUCUACAAGAUGGUUGGCUCGAUGGUUAAACUACCAACAGACGAAGACACGCCCGAGAAACGCGUCAAGAAAAUCUUCCGCAUGAUGGACAAAGACGAAAACGGCUGCUUGGACAUGGAAGAAUUCAAAGAAGGCAGCAAACGUGAUGAAACUAUAGUAUCUGCACUGUCACUUUACGAUGGACUCGUUUAA